AUGGCGAACAUAUAUAAAGAUCCUGGCUCAAGCUCUGUUAGGAACGGCAAAAAGGUCAAUGCCGGCCCAUCACAACCACCACAGAAGAAGAAGAAGAAUUUUUCCAAAGACAAAAAACUCAAUUCCAAGCUACAGAAAAUCGAUAGGGAAUAUAAAGAUGCUUUACUAUCGGCCGCUGGAACUGACUACCUCUUACCAGAAGAGGUUGGAUUCUUAGAGGCAGAGGGCCCCAUGGAGAAAACAUUCAAGUUUAAACAAGAUGACAUUGCUCAGGCGGUGGAUUUGAACACAGCAAUAAAAAAGUUUGAUUUAAAACUAAAUGAAUUUGGUCCUUACCAGUUUGACUUUUCGAGAAAUGGUCGAAACUUGCUAAUAGGGGGAAGGAAGGGCCAUGUAGCGGCCAUAGAUUGGAGAACUGGGGGUCUAAGUUCAGAAUUGUAUCUCAAUGAAACCGUGCAUGCAGUAAAGUACUUGCACAAUGAACAGUAUUUUGCCGUGGCACAAAAAAAAUAUACAUUCAUAUAUGAUAAAGAAGGAAUAGAGCUCCAUAGGUUGAAGCAGCAUGUGGAAUCUACUUUACUCGAUUACUUGCCAUAUCAUUUUUUGUUGGUUGGUGCUGGUCACACUGGAUUCUUGAAGUACCACGAUGUGUCCACGGGUACUUUGGUGAGUGAAAUACGAACUAAAUUGGGUCCUACUUUGGCCAUGAAACAAAAUCCGUGGAAUGCAGUGAUGCAUCUAGGCCAUGGGAAUGGUCAGGUAACUUUGUGGGCGCCAAAUCAACCAGAACCAUUGGUAAAGCUUCAGUCGGCUCGUGGUCCAAUACGGGAUUUGGCUAUAGACAGGGAAGGCAAGUACAUGGUUGUGAGCGGGGCUGACAAAAGUAUGAAAAUCUGGGAUUUACGAAAAUUCAAAGAGUUGGAUCAAUAUUAUACACAAUCGCCAGCAUCUUCUUUGGAUAUCUCAGACACUGGUCUCCUAGCGGUAGGUUGGGGCUCGCACGUCACCGUGUGGAAAGAUGCACUUGGAAAAAGCGGCCGUCAGCUGGAGCCGUAUAUGAACCAUUUAUUACCCGGAUCUCAAGUAUGCAAAGUUAGAUUUGCUCCUUUUGAAGAUAUAUUGGGGGUUGGACAUCAAUCAGGUUACAGCUCACUAAUUGUUCCCGGUGCUGGAGAAGCCAAUUAUGACGCUUUGGAGUUGAAUCCAUACGAAACUGUGAAGCAGAGGCAGCAACAGGAGGUACGUUCCUUGCUCAACAAGCUACCUGCUGAUUCCAUCUCUAUUGAUCCAAAUAUGAUAGGAAGUGUUGACAAACGGGCAAAAUCAGUACGACUAAAACCGGGAGAAAUCAAUGAAUUGGAUGGCAGUAUUAGCGGCAGUGGUGAUGGAGCCUCGAAAAUGGAAAUCAAACCAGAAGUCAAGGGAAAGAACUCGUCUCUUAGAAGGCACUUGAGAAAGAAAAGAGAAAAUAUUAUUGAUCAAAGGAAGUUGAAAGUGGAGAAGAAUUUGAGAUACGAAAAGGAAAAAAGAGCGAGACUUCAUAAGUUGUCUGCGGGUGACGAUGGUGACAAAGAUCUAUUGAAUUCUGCCCUAGCUAGAUUUAAGUAA